AUGGUGGAUACGGAUUACAAGAAGGCAAGAAAGUUUGAAGGUGGGUUACAGACUGCUAUUCUCGACCAAAUUAAUGUGUUGAAACUACCUACGUAUGUAGAUGUGUUGCAAAGGGCAGUGAUUGCUGAAGGUAAUGUUGCCGCUCAAAGCCGGGUCUCGGAAUGGAGAGGGAAAAGACAGAAUAUUCAAACCUCAAGGGGCUCAGUGACACCGCCAAGUAAGAAGUUGAAUUCAAGAACUUCUAGUAUAUCUGCCUCUACUUGUGACUCUGCACCAAUUUGUCUGGAUUGUGGAAAUAGACACCGUGGGAUUUGUUACCGAGUAACAGGGGCAUGCUUCAAGUGUGGAAAGACAGGUCACUUAGCCAGAGAAUGUCCACAAAAGAAUCGACAGAAUGGGAAUAGAACCACCGCAAGUUCAGUUGGAUCAACCUCUAUCCCAACUACAAAGACAGCUACGAAACCCACCAACACUCAAGAUACCACCAAACAAGGAAGGGUGUUUGCGCUAAUUCCGGGCGAUGUACAAAAUACUGAGGAUGUGGUAUCAGGUACAUUUUCUGUUAAUGGUUAUUCUGCACAUGUGUUAUUUGACUCGGGCUCUACCCAUUCUUCUGUAUCAAAAGCAUUUGCUAGCCAUUUAAAUAGGCCAAGGGAAUCACUACCUUAUGUUUUGUGUGUGUCCUCACCAACGGGGGAGUCCAUAGUAUGUGCAUCUAUUUAUUUUGCAUGUGAAAUCCUAAUUGAGGAUGUUAGGGUAGAUGCCAACUUGUUGCCUCUUGAUAUGACUUAUUUUGACAUAAUUCUAGGGAUGGAUUGGUUAAGCAAGUAUCACGCGACUAUAGAUUGUGUCUCGAAGCAAGUUACUUUCCAACUCCCAGGACAAUCUGAGUUUGUUUUUAAGGGCCAGAGGGUAGUUUCCCCACCCUACUUGAUUUUUGCAAUGAAGGCAUGUAAGUUAUUACAAAAGGGUUGUCAGGGGUAUUUGUGUAGUAUUUUGGAUGAACAACCAGUGAAUGGGGGCAUUGAUACAAUUCCAAUUGUGCGGGAUUUCCGGAUGUUUUUCCAGAAGAGUUACCAGGAGAGCUAG